CCGGCGCCGCUCCGGUGCCGGGGUCGGUUCCGGUUCCGGUGUGGUUCCGGCGGCGCUGCCGGUGCCGGUGCCGCCAUGCCCGAGGCGCUGUCGCUGCUGUGCCGGGUGUCGGCGCACCCCGAGUCCCGCUGCUGGGCCCUGGCCUGGAGCCCCAGCGGGGCCCUGCUGGCGUCCUGCGGCGGGGACCGGGCCGUGCGCGUGUGGGGCCGGGAGGGCUCGGGCUGGGCGUGCCGCGCGGUGCUGGCGGACGGGCACCAGCGCACGGUGCGCCGCGUGGCGUGGUCGCCGUGCGGGCAGUUCCUGGCCUCGGCCAGCUUCGAUGGCACCACGUGCGUCUGGAGGCGCCACGAGCACGGCUUCGAGGUGGUGGCCACGCUGGAGGGGCACGAGAACGAGGUGAAGUCAGUGGCCUGGGCACCCUCGGGGUCACUGCUGGCCACCUGCAGCCGUGACAAGAGCGUCUGGGUCUGGGAGGUGGACGAGGAGGAGCAGGAGUUCGAGUGUGUCAGCGUGCUGAGCGCCCACAGCCAGGACGUCAAACACGUGGUGUGGCACCCCAGCCAGGAGCUGCUGGCCAGUGCCAGCUACGAUGACACGGUGCGGCUGUACCGCGAGGACGAGGACGACUGGGUGUGCUGUGCCACCCUGGAGGGACACACGUCCACCGUGUGGGCAGUGGCCUGGGAGCGCUCGGGCCAGCGCCUGGUGUCCUGCAGCGAUGACCGCACCCUGCGCGUGUGGCAGCGCAGCGAGGGACACGGCGGUGGCUCGGAGCACAGCUGGCAGUGCGUCUGCACCCUGUCCGGGUACCACGGGCGCAGCAUCUACGACGUGGCCUGGUGUCACCUGACGGGCGCGGUGGCCACGGCGUGCGGCGACGACGCCGUGCGGGUGUUUGAGGAGGUGUCCCCGGUGUCCCCGGGCUCGCCGGUGACGUUCGGCCUGGCCGCCCACGUGCCGCGGGCGCACGCCCAGGACGCCAACGGGGUGGCCUGGCACCCGCGCGAGCCGGGGCUGCUGGCGUCCUGCGGGGACGACGGGGACAUCGCCUUCUGGCAGUACCAGCGCCCCGAGGGGCUCUGAGCCGCCGCGGACAUCCCGGCGGCCUCCAGAACCUUCUCAUGGCCUGCAGAACCUUCCCAGGGCCUCCAGGAACCUCCUGUGGCCUCCAGGAACCUCCUGUGGCCUCCAGGAUCACCCAACGUUCUCCAGAACCUUCCCAUGGCCUCCAGGAACCUCCUGUGGCCUCCAGAACGUUCCCAUGGCCCCUCCAGAACCUCCUGCGGCCUCCAGAACCUCCCCAUGGCCUCCAGAACCUCCUGUGGCCUCCAGAACCUCCCCAUGGCCUCCAGAACCUCCUGUGGCCUCCAGGAACCUCCUGUGGCCUCCAGGAUCACCCAACGUUCUCCAGAACCUUCCCAUGGCCUCCAGGAACCUCCUGUGGCCUCCAGAACCUCCCCAUGGCCUCCAGAACCUCCUGCGGCCUCCAGAACCUCCCCAUGGCCUCCAGAACCUCCUGUGGCCUCCAGGAACCUCCUGUGGCCUCCAGGAUCACCCAACGUUCUCCAGAACCUUCCCAUGGCCUCCAGAACCUACCCAUGACCUCCAGGAACCUCCUGUGGCCUCCAGAACUUUCCCAUGGCCUCCAGAACCUUCCCAUGGCCUCCAGAACCUCCCCAUGACCUCCAGGAACCUCCUGUGGCCUCCAGAACCUCCCCAUGGCCUCCAGAAGCUUCCUGUGGCUUCCAGGACCCUCCCGUGGCCUCCAGGAUCACCCAACGUUCUCCAGAACUUCCCCAAAUGACCCCACAACCCCCAGAGUUCUCCAGGACGUUCCCCGGUCCCCCAGCCCGUCCCCGUGUCGCUCCCCGGUUGGGUUUGUGGGGUCGGGGCGGGUUUGGGGUCUCACAGCCAAUAAAGCCCCAGGAUGGCCCAA